AUGCCCGAGCCGACAGGUCUCGCACCUGUUCAUUUCUUCUCUCAUGGCUCGACAGCCAUGUUGGGCGAGGAAUCCAAAUCAGCAGAUUACUGGAAAUCAUGCGGUGAUGCCGCCCUGGCCAAUGGCAUCAAACACGUAAUAAUUAUGGGGGCACACUGGGCUGCGAUCAACGACGAAAUCCACGUUGCAACCAAUCCCAACCCGACCAAAGCUCCAAUUGGUGGUGUUCAUCCACGAAAAUACGUUGACUAUGAACUCAUACCAGAUCUACCAAUGGCAGACCGUGUGGUCGAUACUCUCCGACGGAACGGCUUCAACUGCAACGCCAAUCCUACUUUUCAAUGGAUCCAUGAUGUGUAUCUGAUCUUGAUCCGCACCUUUCCUGAAGGCUGCCCUCCAACGACAAUAAUCAGCAUGAACGCACGUUUCGAUCCGCACUACCAUAUACGCGUUGGAGCCGCAUUGCGCUCUUUGCGCCGCGAAAAGGACGUGCUGUUCAUCGGUUCCGGCGGUGCAGUUCACAAUCUGUACCGAAACGUGUGGACCCCAUUGCUGCGGUACGCAGACAACUUUGCCAUGGAGACGCCACCCGGGACCUGGGCAUUGGAGUUCCGGCAGGAGUUUGAGGAUGCCAUUACAAAGAACACUGGUCCAGCGCUGAGACGCGCCAUGGCGAUGCUGAUGAAGAUCCCCAAGUACCGCGACGCUCAUGCGACCGACGAUCACUUUAUGAGCGCAAUGUUCGUUGCAGGUCUUGUUGGAUCCUUUGAAGAUAUUGGCACGAGCGUGGAGUUUGGGGCUGAGGACUGGGAGUUGACAAACAUGUGUAAUUCUCAGUAUACUCUUGGGAGUUGGGCACAAUGCUUCGCGUCAGCUGAGGUUAAAUAG